AUGGAUAGACUGGUGGCUUAUUUUCCGGUUCUUCAUGAAAAUUCCAUUCAGAAGAUAGACACCGUCCUCAAGUCUGCGGUUGGGGUACCUGGAUCGGUGUUAGCGCAACCGAACUCGUUCGACAAUUGCCAAAGUACCUCAACGACACCGAUACUGACUGAACUCGCUGAGCUACGCCGGGAGGUUAGACGACUGCAGCUUCCGGAUUCAUGCUCUCGUUGCAGAGCUUCGAUCAGUGCGACGCGAGCAGAGCUCAACCAGCUACGCGAUGAUUUGGAGCAGCUCAAGAUACCCGAUAGACUGGAGUGA